AUGUCUCUAAGAGCUCCGGAGGUCCCACCGUUUCAGCUUCAACAGUUGAUUCCCGACGCAUUUGCUGGACUUCCUCUCCAAAGCGUCGAGAUACGAUGUGCUCAGGCUCAUGGAACAGAAAUCUACUUGGGAUGCUCAAAUGGAGAGUUGAUGAGGUUUGCGUUGCAAGCCGACGAUCCCAACAAGAUGGAAUCAUACACGAUAUUAUCGCGUCAGAGUCUACCGAACGAUAAGCCAAUUGACGAAAUUGUACUCCUUCCGAGUAUUUCGCGUGCUCUAGUCCUGUCUGACAGCCAAAUACAUUUCUACACUCUUCCGUCCCUCGAUGUCGUGGCGUACAACAUCAUAAAACCUAUUCGACACGUACUUACUUUUGCUGUCGACCAUCAACACAUCAUGCGACCUGCACAACCUCCAUCUGGACCAAUGACUCGUAUUGAAGCUGUGGAAUUUUCUGUCAUAAAGCGAAAUUCUAUUCACCUUUAUUCAUUGCGCGAGAAACUCCUUUUUCUGAAGGAAAUACCCUUACCUCAGGCAGCACGGACCCUUGCGCGACGUUCUGGACAAUACCUAUGUUUCGCUGAUAAGGAAGCGUAUAACGUGGUAGAUCUGGAAACACUUCAAAUGCUUCCCAUCCUUCCGCUGUGUCAGGCUGAACCUAUUGUCGACGUCCAGCCCUUUAUCACUGUGACCGGUUCCGGAGAAUUCCUUCUCAUUUCUUGGACAGGGACCAGUGCAUUAGGUAUCUUCAUCAAUGGAAAUGGGGAACCGGUACGUGGGACUUUGGAAUGGCCGGCUCACCCCAAGUCCGUUUGCUUCGACUACCCGUAUAUCACCACGUUGCUCCCAAACACCACAAUCGAAAUACACAAGGUCGACACACAAGAGAUCGUGCAAGUGGUAUCAGCGCCUGCAGAUGGCUCGCCGGGAAGAAAUAUCUUGGUUGCCUCUGCAGCUGGAUAUUUGGUUCCAUCCACUCAGCGAUCGGCGAAGAUGCGUCCUGUCAGGGUUCCUUUGUCUGUAAAGUCGUAA